CUUCUAUUAGUUGCUUACUGAUACUCGUGCGGUCCGAUUCGAAUCGUCCGAAAUGAAGUGUCUCUUACUCUUAUUCGCGUUAUUCGUUUACGAGGCGUCUGGCGCCAAUGCAUCGGAUGCGGUUUUCAAAGACGACCUAUGCCUCAAUGGCUCACGUGAUCAAAACGGAAAAUGUGUUUGCACUGGUGGUUAUGUCGAAUAUCGUGGUAGUUGUUUCCUGAUGGCUUCCCCAGCAGCAAAUACCGCAUCGACGAAACACCUAAGACAGAACAGGUCCUGCCCACCGGGCUACAGUGACCAUCAGGGUAGUUGCGUGCCCAAAUCAUGCUCCGGAACAAUUUGUGAAAGUGCUUGCCAACCGGGAUACGUAUUGAAUGCUGGCUUCUGUGAGCCUCAAAACCCCAAAUGCCCUACUGGCACCUACUACAAAAAUGGAUAUUGUUACUACCAAGCUAUACCUCCGCAAACUCAAACGGCUAAACCAAUUGAAACAAUGAAAAUAGUACCACCGUGGAAACUGGACAUUCCCGUUCCAGAGUACAUUGAUCCACUGGAUCCGAACGAAGUCGAAGAAGGGACAGAACCUAACUCCGAGGACGAUGACAACGACAUCGAAGUUGUUCCUGAUCGCCGACCACAUCCCGGCAAGAACGUGGUGAACAAUCUGAAUACCGUGAACUCCCCAACCAACGUAACGCCGCAUAACAUUAAUAAUGUCUACGUUCACAUCACGCGUCACAAAUCCGAUGGAUCUAUCAAAACCGUCGUGAUAAGGAACAACGAGACGACGGUAUACGAAGAGAAACCACCACAGAAAACCUUGACAGAGAAACCGGUGGAGCCAACCACUACGGAAGAACCACAGCCUGACAAAUGUUGCAUAAUUGUGUCACCGAGAAUUUGCCGCCAGCAGCAGGAUGAGUGGGUUUGCUUCCAUCGAAAACACUACCGCUGUGGAUCCUUCUGCACAUCGAACGUUAUGUACUUGAAACCGCGCCGACCGUUCUACCAUGGUUCAACGCUUAUCAUGCCGCCGACGAUGAACUACUCUUCGCGCAUGCGAUUCGGUCUAUGCCGGUGGGGAAUUUGCCCGUCCGUUGACUGUUCGGGAUGCCUCCAGGGCAGCUAUCGCUGUCACAUACAGUGCUACACUUACGAUUGCGUGGAACAGGGUGAUUGUAAUUUCGUCAAUCAGGAGGAGUAUUGCGAUGAUAAUGAUGAUGUACUUUGUUCACCUGUAGAGAAAUAAAUUCAUAAUGUAUUGUAAUGUAAAGUAAUGUAUGGCAAAAUCCGAAAAACACAAUCAAAAUCGAUAAGCAUUUACAGAGUAACGCAGACUGUAUUAGGAAGCUUUAUAUGUAGACCAGACAGAUAUUUGAUAUUUGACCCGAAUUUCAUAAUUUACCUACCUAGAUACCUUGUGGGCGAAUAAUUACCUUUACUCCAGCGCUGAGCGUAUGGUAA